AUGGGCCGCAAGCCCAACCCCCUUAUCCUCGAGUACUUCGUCCGGGGCCCCAAGCUCAACGACAACAGUAACCGAUAUCCUCACACGUGCAAGCAAUGCGGCGAGAACUUUCCUAAGGGUAGGAUCGAUAGCCUGACCACCCACAUAACCAAGAAAUGUCCUGCCAUCUCCGAAUCCGAUCGUAUGCGAGCCUGCCUUGAACUCCACGGUAUUACGAAUGCCCGAGCAUCUGCUGAACGACCACCUCCCGAGACGCAGCCAAACGGACAGCCUGUAGAUGUUCCCAACCUACCUCAAGGAUGGAGCGCGCUCGAAACUCUCGCAGAAGCCUCGCGACAAGUUGAUCUGAACGAAAACAACCGUGCUCAGAGCGUACAAGCUUCCGUAGACCCCGCCGACCCCGCCAACGCUCAGCAUGUUUCGGAUCGCUUUGAGCUUCACGAGCAGUUUACUCUUGAUAAUCCUCCUGUGAGCUACGAGAACCGACCAAAUCAGGGAAACAGAGGUGUAAUUCAACAGCCGCUCCCAGGAACUGAGCUAUCUCCCGAAGAACGCCUCCAGGCAUUGCUUCCCAAUAGCGACGCUUCGCCCGACGUUUCGAACAUCUCAGUUGCCGUUGCUGCCACAGCUAGGUUGAAUCCGUCACUUCUUGACCCCCAGCUCGUUGACGAGAACGGUUCCGCGACGCCGCCGCCAUCCAUGGACAUCCCAGCCUCUAUCGAAACCUCACCCAGCGCAGUAACCGCUCCCGACAAUGGCAUUUCCCAACCCUGGGGCGAGAUGACGUAUUUGACGACCGCGUCGCCAGUUCCUCUCAUUCAUGAUCACCCUCCACCACCUAUACAGAUGACUCGUGGUGGUGUUCGAAUGGAUACAAGUGAUGGGCAACUUAAUGGGAGGCCCCGUCAUGCUAGAUCUCGGUUUACUGCUGCGAGGCGCAAGGAGGUUCAAGAGGUUCGCAAGAUUGGCGCCUGCAUCAGGUGCAGGAUUCUUCGCAAGAAUUGUGGCAAAGGAACCCCGUGUGAUACUUGUCGAAAAGUUCUUGCGCCGAGAGUAUGGAGAACUGGCUGUGUACGAACAAGGCUCCAGGAACAACUCGACCUGUACUCGGCUGGUGUCCAGGUUGUUCUGUCCCAGAAUCGCAUCAAUCUCUUGAAGAACCAGAUAAACAUGACCCAUGAUGGCACCAUGAUAGAGGUUUCACACUUCCCUGAAACUGGCAAAAUCAUUGUUCUUGAGGCCUUGGUUGCGCUGCUAGAGCCUAGUGAGACGCUCGCAGAACUUCGAGGCAGCAAAGAUUCAUUCUUCCAGGUCAUCAUGAUCGACCAGGACAAAGAGGACGUUCCUGGCAAGGUUGAAGCUUACAUGCGUGAUGUCUUUCAACUAUUCAUUGAUAGAGAGCCCUCAAAAUUUAUGCGCGUCACCCUGGACCUGGCGCUUCAGCAAUUGCAAGAAUCGGAAGACGAUCUGCUUCGAAAGUCCUUGGAGUUAUGGGGCCUGGUAGAAAGCAUCGACCGUGAAAGGCAGUGGAACGUUGUCGAAAGACCAGCCAACAACAGCGAAGAGCCCCGGCGUAUUCAAGAGGCCAAAAGCGAAAACGACGCCGACAUCUACACAACCCUUUGCAUGCAGCUCAACGCUGCAGCAGAGCGAAAAGCCAACAACACGUCCAAGGCUCUUUUGAGUGGCAUGCACCGCGUGCUUCAGGAUAGCAAAGUCAAGGUCAACUUCAAGAUGUACCUGACAGCGGUUAUUUUCUUAAACUGCCUUGAGAAAUCUACGUGGGCCUUUAAGGCUUGGGAGCAAGAUCAUCUUCGUCCUGGGUGGCCUUUGGAACGAGACCCCAGUGUCUUCACACAACAGGGUAACAACCUUUCCGGGCUGUUGAAGAUGCUUCUGGCGAUUCGUAAGGCUCUGCCGCAAACACAUCGCGAUGAAACAGGCAAACUUGCUACUUCAGAGCAAGACCCUGUCAUAUCGACCUAUUUCCAAAACAUUGACCUCGACUAUGACAACAUCCUCACCCGACAAGAAGGACACCCUUUCUCCCCUGCAGACUCUCGAUCUUUAGAAAUGAUGUUCUGCUCUCAUCUUCUCAUUACAAACUCUCCUUAG